CAGCAAUAAUGUGAUGCUCUCGGCCGACACCGUUUCAUUUCCGCACUUACAGCAUCACCUCUACCUCCAUCACCGCCAUGCAAUCCUCUCUUCGCCGUCGAGUUCUUGUGGUUGGUGCUACCGGCAACCUCGGCCGUCUCGUCGUCAAGUCCCUCGUUCGGGACGACCUCACGGACGUGGUCGCGCUCUCUCGUCGCGCGCCGCCCACGUCCGACUCGUCUGUGCGAUGGGUGCAAGGCGACAUGCUCCAGCCUGCUUCAUUGACGCAAGUUCUGGCCAACGUGGACACAGUCAUCAGCACUGCCAACGGGUACAUGAAGGAGUCGAUCGAAGCCGACUACUUGGGCAACAAGAACCUCGUGGACGCCAUCGCGUCGUCGCCCCACGUCACGCGCUUUGUGUUUCUGAGCAUCACGGGCUGCGACCAUGCACCCGACGUGCCCCACUUCCACGCCAAGGCGGUCACAGAGGCGCUGGUCAAGGCUACGAGCAUCCCGUACGUGUUUAUUCGCGCGUCUGCGUUUCUCGACCAGUCGCCGGAUUGGGUGGCCGACAACGUUCCCAAGGGUCGGUACCUCAGCAUCGGCGAUACCACAACCCCGUGGUCGUACACGUUGAGCGACGACUUGGCCGACAACUUGGCGACCGCCGCGGCCACUUCGGACGACGCCAUCGCCAACCAAACGAUUGACAUUGGCUGGCAGGAUGGCCCCAAGACAAAUGCGCAGAUCCAAGCGCUGGUUGAACAGGCGACGAACACGAAACUGACCAAUGUGACCGUGCCGUGGUGGAUCCUCUCGACCUUCAAGUACCCGACCAAGCUGUUGCAUGCGCUGGCGUACGACAUCAUUACGAUGCUGCUGUUCUUCCGGACAGGUAAGUUUGUCGCCGACACGACCAACCAAGCGCGGUUCCUGGGCCCCGUGCCCACUUCUGAAGAAGCUGUCCGUCGAUGGGCCAAGAAAAAUCACCUGGGCAACUAGACGAGUACUAGUAGUAGUAGCAUAUAUAUAUAUAUAUUAA